AUUUUCAUUUCUCAAACCAUAAAGCCCAUAGUUCAAAGUUCAAACAGAAAAACCAGAGAGGGUGACAGUAGUCUUGGGAGUUGGGAAGAUGGAAGGAAAUGGAGCUGGGGAAGAGAAUGUGGAUGGAGCUGAGGGAGCUGGGAGCUCAGAGAUGGGGUCGUUAGGGAGGUGCUUGAGCAGCUUCGUGGAUGAAGGUAGUCUUGAGAGUCACAGAUACUACCUCUCACGCAGAACUGUGCUUGAGAUGUUGAGAGACAGAGGCUAUUCUGUUCCCAGCGCAGAAAUUGACCAGUCUCUGCAAGAAUUCCGAGCCAUUCAUGGUCAGAACCCAGAUAUAGAUCGCCUCAAAUUUUCUGCUGCUCACAAUUUGUAUCCCUCUAGAAAGAUACUGGUUAUUUUCUGUGGCCCUGGUGUGGUUAAAGUUAGUUCAAUCCGUCAUGUUGCUGCUCAGAUUGUUAAUAGAGAAAGUUUAGCUGGUCUUAUAUUAAUCUUGCAAAACCAAAUAACAAACCAAGCUCUGAAAUCUGUGGAUCUUUUUUCCUUUAAGGUUGAGAUAUUCCAGAUAACUGACUUACUUGUUAAUAUCACAAAGCAUGUAUUAAAACCAAAGCAUGAGGUUCUGACUGAUCAGGAAAAGCAAAAGCUCUUAGAAAAGUACAGUAUCGAAGAAAAGCAGCUCCCUCGACUAUUGAAGGGAGAUGCAAUUGUGAGGUAUUAUGGACUUGAGAAGGGACAGGUAGUGAAAGUUACCUACUGCGAAGACAUCACUGAGUCGCAUGUUACUUACCGAUGUGUCUGACAGAGACACAUAUGGAGUAGGCAGACAACUGAGUUGAAAUGCAAAUGGGUGUAUGCAAAUUAGGCAUAAUUCACUUGGGAUGAUAGUCUAUUUCUCAACUAGGAAAUGCUUUUAGGUUUGGCUUUUACUUUUAUUUGGGUAAACUACUAUGUAGUCCCUGUAUUUUAGCAAAAACUAGACAUGAGUCCCUAUACACUGGAAAGGCAGCUAGUUAGUACUUGUAAUUUUGUAAAACAACAACUCAGUCUUUACUAUAAAAAUACAGUCACA